GCCUCGACAAGCGAACAACAAGGAAAGCAUGUGAUCGAAUCAAAGCCAGAAGCACUCGCCCUUUUACGUGCUCAGCCAGUUCAUUAUGUUGUUUGUUCGAUCGCAGGACGAACAUUGUUAUUACACGAAAGAGAUUUGUUCAGCUUGCCUAGGCUCAAGGAUGUCUCUGUUGGAGAUGUACUUGAACUAGACAGAAUUCAUGAAGUCGGAUCACGGGAUUACACUUUACGUGCACAAGAUCCAAUUUCCACUCGAAUGAAAGGAGCGGUUGCUUUGAUGAGAAGAAGUGUGCCGACCGAAAGCAGAGCUUCUUCAAUUCUAUCAAAUCCAGAAGUGCGAGAAGCUAUCAAUCUUGAUGAACCUUUGAAAGAAUCACAAUCUUGGGCAGCUCGUUUACGACCUUCAGGUUUGGCACACGUUGGUGCAGUUUUGGGACCUGAAUCAGUCAGAGUACGGUGUACAGUCUUGGAACAUACGUUAGGACCGAUGGAAGUGAUUGUCAAACGUAAAAGAAGAAAGGGCUACAAGAGAACGAUUAAGCAUAAGCAAACAUACACAAGAUUACGUGUAGAAGCAAUUCAGAUCGGACAAGGUGAA